AUGAAGUACUUUGCUGCGUUGGUGGUUUUUGCGUAUCUUUACGCAGUGCAAGCUUCCGUGUACCUAGAAGAAAAUUUCGACGAUGACACUUGGGAGAAAAACUGGGUGUACAGCAAACAUCCAGGAAAAGAGUUUGGAAAAUUCGUAAGGACUGCCGGAAAAUUCUUCAGCGAUGAAGAAAACAAAGGCAUCCAGACAUCGGAAGACGCUCGUUUCUACGCGCUCAGCAGGAAGUUCGCGCCUUUCUCGACAGAGGGCAAGGACUUGGUCGUCCAAUUCACUGUCAAACAUGAACAAAACAUCGAUUGCGGCGGCGGAUACGUCAAAGUUUUCGACUGCUCCUUGAACUCGGAAGAGAUGCAUGGAGACUCGCCCUACAGGCUUAUGUUCGGUCCCGAUAUUUGCGGGCCCGGAACCAAAAAGGUUCACGUCAUCAUCAACCAUAACGAGAAGAACGUGCUGAUAAACAAGGAUAUCAGGUGCAAGGACGACGUGUACACGCAUGCGUACACCCUCAUCGUAAGGCCGGACAACACGUACGAAGUGCAAAUCGACGGGGAAAAAGUUGAAAGCGGCGAAUUGGAAGCCGACUGGGAUCUGCUGCCGCCCAAGAAGAUCAAGGACCCGGAAGCUUCGAAACCGGAAGAUUGGGACGACCGCGCCACCAUUCCCGAUCCGGAGGACUCCAAACCCGAAGACUGGGACAGGCCCGAACACAUUCCCGAUCCUGAUGCCACCAAACCCGACGAUUGGGACGACGAGAUGGACGGCGAAUGGGAACCACCGAUGAUCGACAAUCCGGAAUACAAGGGCGAAUGGAAACCUAAACAGAUCGACAACCCCGCAUACAAAGGUUCUUGGGUCCAUCCGGAAAUCGACAACCCCGAAUACUCCCCGGUCCCGGAUCUCUACAAACAGCCGGAAAUUUGCGGCAUCGGCUUCGACUUGUGGCAGGUGAAAUCCGGCACCAUCUUCGAUCACGUGCUCAUCACCGAUGACGUCGAGUACGCGCAAAAGGCCAUCGCCGGCCUGAAGGACCAACAAGAAGGUGAAUAUAUACAGGGUGACACCUAUUGAAAUAAUCAGAAUGGAAAGCCAAAGAGGCUUUAGACAAUGCAGAAAGGGAAGCCGCUGGCGGCGACGAAGACAAGAAAGACGAUGAGGAGGAUGAGGAUGACGAUGAGGAGGAGGGAGCGGAGGAUAAUGUGCCUCCAGUGCACGAGGUGAGUGGAAAUUUAUCGA